AUGUCAUCGCUGAUUGUGAACCCCCAGAGGCACAAGGCAAGCAUGGACGACCGACUACCGCUGAAGAUGCGACAGUACUUCAAGACUAACCAGAGCAACUUCCCUCUAGAUACUCGUAUAGUAGGUUUAGAUUAUGAGGAGUUUAUCAGGGAGGGAAACAGGCCCUCCAGUACUCUCAGCGAACUCAAGAUACCGAAGAAGCUGGUGUGGAUGCGUGCACUGGGUGAACUGGGUGACGAUCCGCAGAUCCACAAGUGUGUGGCCGCAUGGGCGUCGGACUGGGGUGUGGGUGUCACUCCUAUGAAGGCCGUGGGGUCAAGUUUCGUAAGUCCUGAGGUGCGCAUGUGCUGUUCGCUUGACCACGCUAUGUGGUUCAACGGAGACUUCCGGGCAGACGAGUGGAUGCUGUACGAGAUGGAAGGCAUACAAUUCGCAGGUGGAAGAGGAGUGAGCUCGGGCCGCAUAUACGACCAGGAAGGUAAUAUGAAAGUACACGUCACACAAGAAAUUCUUAUCCGGUACAAACCAGGCACAGAAUACCCGAAGUUCGACAAAACGUUACAAUGGUAAAAACCUAAGAAAUAGCUAAUAAAGCAAGCGCAGGUAUCGACAACAGACGUGUGCUGGUCGGCGGACUUCCCUGACAAGUCGAGCUGCUUGAGUGUGUAUCGU